CAAAAUACGUGAUAUACGUUCGGACUCAUAUACAUAGAAUUACUUGUUCCUAAAACUCUGUUUCGUUCUGUUGACUAUGUAAUAAAAAUAAUCUCUGAUUUGAGUUACGACGAAAUGUAAAAAAUUCCACAGACAACUUUUCCGACAGUGUGGCAGAGCAGACCUAUUCCCGGCAAUCCUUGCUAGCCGCUGGCUGCUCCGUCAUCGAAGUUCGAACAAUCGAAAGUCAAUUGUCCAAGUAGCUAAUUCGUCUGGGUUCUUCACUCUAAAUUUUAAACCGAGUAUAAAAAUGCCCGUGGUUGAUGUUAAAUCUGCUGGUGAUUUCAGCAAGCUUCAAGAAAAAUGUGGAGUACUUGUGUGUCACUUCCAAGCUGAAUGGGCACCUCAGUGCAAGCAGAUCAGUGAUGUUAUCUCAGAAUUGGCAAAUCAACCUGACACAAAGGAUGUUGUCUACUGCAACAUCAUGGCUGAGGAGGUGCCAGAGGUGAGCCAGAAGAUGAGCAUCACUGCAGUCCCCACUGUUGUGGUGACAAACACGGCUCAAGAGGGUAGCCCGGCAGCUGUGGUGGGCAGAAUUGAUGGAGCAAAGCCGGCUGAGCUCACUACUUUGGUUAAAAAAUUGGCUGCUAAAGCUUCACUUACUAGUACAGGCAUUGGCAGUGGUUCUGUAGCAACUAAAAAUGGUUCUGCUCCUGAGGACAUCAAUGAGAGGCUAAAGAAGCUUGUAAACUCAGCCCCCUGCAUUCUAUUUAUGAAGGGUAGUCCGGAAAAUCCCAAGUGCGGUUUCAGCCGCACCACGAUUGAGCUUCUGGCUCGUCAUAAUGCCAAAUACUCAACUUUCGACAUUUUGACUGAUGAAGAAGUUAGACAAGGUCUCAAAACUUUCUCCAACUGGCCCACUUAUCCGCAGCUGUACAUCGCUGGUGAACUAAUUGGCGGGCUGGACAUCCUGAAAGAAAUGGAUGCCAGUGGUGAACUGGCAAACAUAUUGCCUAAGAAGCAAAACCUAGAUGAAAGACUAAAGUCGCUGGUGAACCAGGCACCUCUGAUGGUUUUCAUGAAAGGCAAUCCUGAGAAUCCUCGCUGUGGCUUCUCCAAAACACUCAUGGAAAUACUCAAGGAAGUAGAUCUCCCAUUCUCCACGUUUGAUAUUCUGACUGAUGAAGAAGUUCGUCAAGGCCUGAAGACUUACAGCAACUGGCCCACUUACCCUCAGGUGUAUGUGAAGGGCGAGCUCAUCGGUGGUCUGGAUAUAAUCAAGGAGAUGAAGGCCGAUGGAUCGCUAGCAGACGCUCUCAAGGGGGUGUAGUGGCAUGACCGCAGACACGCAAAGGGCUGUAGUGGCAUGACCGCAGACACGCAAAGGGCUGUAGUGGCAUGACAAUGUGGCUGGUGAACCAGGCACAUUUUCCUGUUUUUUUCCUAGCGUUUCCACUGUUGAGGCGGAAAUAGCAUGGUAAACUAGGAUAUAAAGCGCUCUGCGUGUCCCUAAAGAAGUUGAAAAUAUUCUCACAUGGCAUGUAAUACCUAAACUCUACCUGUGAAAUUAACUUCUGUAGUAUAAUUUAAAUGUCAUCAUUGCUAAAAUCGUUUCAAAGGAUUGUUAUUGCCUACCGUAUUCUUUUACGAGUUACUCGUUUACUGGAAAAGGUAAACCAUCACUUUCCAUCCACAUUUCUUGCAUUACUUUCGAAGUCGCGGUCAAUGCUCGAAACGCGGUUUGCUGGCAGUUGCCAGCAGGAUUUUUGUUAAACUGUCGUUCCAGGUUCAUUGCGCUGGAUGUUCAUGAUUGCCUAUUAAUAAAUCCUUCAAUCCUG